GUAGCAUUUUAUUAGCUUUGCCAGUAGAAGGCUGGCGUGUUUUGUGAUCCGAAAAGUCGCUCUCGGAUGUCUUUUUGCAUUUGAAUACACAGUGAAAAUGCUAUAUUUUAUUAAAUUAAAUAAAUAAUUAUUUAAUUAAAAGAUUUAAAAAUGGUGUACAAAAUCACAGAAAUGAAGGUUGGGAAGCCGCUACCUAGCAGCAGGAUUAAAUCAAUAACUGCACAACUAUUAGCAAGUAUGGCACCAAACCUGCUCCUCCUCGACCUGGGUAUGGCAAUCAGUUUCGCUACCAUAGUAAUUCCUGAACUACUCAACUCUUCCAGUGAUCUCUCCCUGACUGAUACCCAGGCGUCGUGGUUCGGUAGCUUAUCAUUUCUCACCCAACCGUUCGGGGCACUACUAUCAGGACCCCUAGUGGACCAUAUUGGUAGGAAGAAAGCCACUUUUCUAGUGAACAUCCCGCACGUGAUCGCAUGGAUUCUCAUGUACUUCGCAUGGAAUGUCCCCACACUGUUCAUUGCGAAUGCUCUGCUAGGCAUCGGGACAGGAAUUAUGGAAGCACCGAUCAACUCUUACGUUGGAGAAAUCAGUGAACCAUCAAUACGUGGGUCUCUAUGCACGGUCACUCAGUUGUUCCUCUCCAUCGGCGUGUCAGGAAUGUACUUUCUGGGCUCAGUUGUGAAGUGGCAAACUGCUGCGAUAAUGAGUCUUGCAAUACCUUUUACCGCCAUGUUCCUGGUUAUAAUAGGUGCUGUGCCAGACACACCCGUGUGGCUGCUGUCACAAGGUCGAGAGGAAGAUGCUCUCAAGUCCUUGUGCUACCUUCGAGGAUGGACCACUGAAGACAAUGUGAGGGAAGAGUUUGACAAGCUCGUGGUAUACUCCAAGAGUCUUGAGGGUUGUGUUGUAUGCUGGAAGGAAAACAAGCUGGAUAUGGACUGCGAUCAUGACAAAAUUAACGUUUUUAAGAGAUUCUUCGUGAAGUUCAACAUCAUCAUGUUAUGUAAGGAAACCCUCCGGCCGUUGUUGUUGACCAUGUUAUACUUCACUUUCGUUGUAAUGAGUGGGCUCACCCCGGUUAAACCUAAUAUGGUCAAUGUGUGUUCUGCGUUCGGAAUGGCAGAUGACAGUAAUAAUAUUGUGGUAAUGGUCGGAGUCAUCACUCUGUUAUCAAGUAUAGUUGUCAUUGGGGUCAUAAAGUUCCUCGGGAAGCGUAAACUGGGGAUUUCAGCUAUGUUUGGAUCAGCCGUCUGCUGUGCUGCUCUCAGUGUCUACGCUAACUACCACUUAGCUGACUCUGUGUUCUCGUACGAUCCAAGCACUUUCCCCGAAGAGAAGAGUUUGGUUCCGUUGGUGUUUUUCUAUUUGCUGACUAUAUUUAAUGGGUUUAAUGUGUCUUGGGUUAUUCUUGGAGAGGUGUUCCCGUUCAGGAGUCGUGCGUCGGCCCAAGGCACAGCAGCAGCUUGGAACUACGUGGUUAUGUUCCUUGGAUCCAAAACCCUUAUAGAUCUGGAGCUGAACUUUAGAUUAACGGGUGCCUUCGCCGCAUACGCUGCAUUCGCGUUUGUUGGCACAGUCUACCUUUACUUCUUCUUACCAGAAACAGAAGGAAUAUCCCUCCAAGAAGUGGAAUCCUACUACGAAAAUAAAUUCAGAAUAUUCGCCGACGAUUGGUUCAUCAACAAAUUCAGGAAAUCAAAAAGAUGACUCUUAUCUUGUAUUU